UUGCUUCGUCUACGGCGUAGCCAUCCUUAGCCACUCUCCUUCGUAUAGAUUCGGGAUGCGUGAUAGUACGCGUACGCGAUUGUGCCUCUCCAGGCAGACGGGACAGGCUACCUAUAAAGGGCCGGUUCAUGAGCUGAUCUAUAAACAUUCGGUGGCGAUCAGCGGAAACUCCCGGACGCCGGCGGACCAGAAAACAUGGCAGAAGCGCUCUAUACCAGCAAACGGAUAUUCCUGAACAGUGCAACCCCAGUGACUCCCGGGGAUCCGUGUGAGGUGUUUUCUGGCGGCCUGCUUAUCUCGACUAUCGAUGGACGCGUAACGCGCGUGCUCGACUCCUGGGGAGCGGUUGAAGCGUACUUACUAGAGAGCAAGCGGCAGGAGUUGGAAACAGGCACACGUCUAGAGCGUUAUGAUUUCGGCGAUCUGUUGAUGAUGCCGGGACUCGUCGAUACGCAUGUGCACAUCAAUGAGCCGGGACGAACGGAGUGGGAGGGCUUCCGGACAGCGACCAAGGCGGCGGCGGCCGGUGGCUUUACUACCGUCGCCGAUAUGCCGCUCAACUCCAUCCCUCCGACGACGACCGUUGCAAACCUGCGCACUAAGCUAGCAGCCGCUCGCGGCCAGCUAUACGUCGACGUGGCCUUUUGGGGCGGGAUCGUUCCGACCAAUGUGGACGACGACGGUGGCAAGGCAAGCGAGCUGCACCAGCUCGUAGCCGCUGGAGUGAUCGGCUUCAAAUGUUUUCUUUGCCCGAGCGGUGUCGACGAGUUCCCGCACGUUAGCGAGGAGCAGGUGCACCGAGCCGCCCAGUUGCUUGAGGGUACCGGAGCGGUGCUGGCGGGGUAUUUCGAAGGACAGUUCCAUGCGGAAAUGGAGUGUACAGAGCGACAAAUACCGGCAGCGGAAACCCGGUCACCUAGUGGUGAACCGGAAACACGGUCAUCGAGGCAAAUAGACGACCCCGCCAACUACCAUACAUUCCUGGCAACGCGGCCGGAACUGAUGGAGCAGCAGGCGAUCGAGUUGGUAGGGCAAGUGGCACAGGAUUACAAGAUUCGGGCCCAUAUCGUGCACCUGUCGGCAGCCAGUGCAUUACCAGUGAUACGCAGAGCUCGUGCCAACGGGGCCAAUCUGACUGUGGAAACGUGCCAUCACUAUCUGGCGCUGUCGGCCGAGGACGUACCCGAUUCGGGAACCGAGUACAAGUGUUGCCCGCCAAUUCGGGACAGCAGCAAUCAGCAGCGGCUGUGGCGGGCGGUUUGCGACCGCGACAUCAAUCUAAUCGUGUCAGAUCAUUCUCCCAGCCCGCCUACUCUUAAGCUGCAGCUGGCCGAGGACGACCAGCGGCGAGGCAACUUCCUGGAGGCCUGGGGUGGCAUCGCAUCGGUGCAGUUCGGUUUGCCCCUCUUCUGGACGCACUGCCACCGGUACGGGUUAGGGUUGGCCGAUAUGGUCCGACUGCUUGGCAUGGAGCCAGCUUACCUGUGUGGCAUGAGCCUGCGCAAAGGCCGCCUCGAUCCCGGCUACGACGGCGAUCUGUGCGUCUGGGACCCAGACGGUCUGUUUACUGUGACCGAGGAGUUGAUCGAGUUCCAGCACAAACGGACCACACCGUACCUCAACCGGGAGCUGCGCGGUAUCGUGCAUGCUACCUUCCUCCGCGGCACACCAGUUUAUCGGCGCGAUGCGGAUCCGGACCGACGCUUUGCCGGUCCUCCGCUGGGUAAUAUUCUGCUACGCGAUCCGGCCGAAACACAGCAGCAGCAGCAGCAGACCUGCGGCGAUCGGAUGAAUAAGGGCAGCCGUGCAGGAUUACCGCCCUCCCUGUAUCCAGGGCCUCGUGGGUGAGCAGAGAGAAGAAGGCGAAUACCUGUAGUAGGUCUAUUCGGCGAUAAAGCAGAAGCAGUAGAACAUUUAGCACAGUAUUUAAGCAAACCCUCUAUCUCAACCAUCCGAUGUGCUGGAUGAAUGCAAUCAUGAGCGUCUCGGACCCGGUCCGAUCUCGGCUGAUGCAACAACUUUCGAACUAGAAUAAAAUCUAAGCUUUGCAAGAGCAUUCAGAAUAAGUAAUUAUAAAUAUGAAACCAAUUAAAAAAAUAAGGCAGCCAUUGGCCAUCUCGCGAUUGGCCGGUGGCCGGUGUGUGUGUAUAUAUAUACAAUAUGGCAGCGUCGGUCAUUACUCCUAAGACCACAUAAGAGGUUUGCAAGUGUGAGCCGCGCAAAGAGAACAAAGGAAUGCGAUCCAGACGGUAGCCGAGAAUAAUGAGUUCUAAGAAGAAAAACACCACCGGCGCGUGAUUCCAUAGGCGAGGCAGUUGCUUUUUCAUUCCCGUUACGUCAGCCUAAGGAAGUGCACAAACGAAAUCAUAUCGAGUUCGUAAAAUUUGUCGCAUCGAAGCAGUAAACAGUGCAUUUAUUUUUCAAAUCAUUA